AUGAUCCCUAAGGAGCAGAAGGGGCCAGUGAUGGCUGCCAUGGGGGACCUCACCGGACCAGUGCCUCUGCUGGACCUGGGGAAGAAGCUGAGCGUGCCCCAGGACCUGAUGAUGGAGGAGCUCUCGCUGCGCAACAACAGAGGGUCCCUCCUCUUCCAGAAGCGACAGCGCCGGGUACAGAGAUUCACCUUUGAGUUCGCAGCCAUCCCGAGGGCGAUGGUGGACGGAAGCGCCAAGGGGAAGGUGACCGGAACAGCGGGAACAGCAGAGGCUGCCCAUGGCCCUGAGGGGCAGAACUGCAGCUCCGAGCUCCACGUCUUCUGGGCCUCACCCGGGGGCCCCCAGGAUGCCCAGUCCUCAGCCUUCCCCACGGAGCGUGCCAGCAGCCCCAGCACCCUGGCACCAGGCUAUGCCCAGCCACUGAAGGGCGUCCCGCCGGAGAAGUUCAACCACACGGCCAUCCCCAAGGGCUACCGCUGUCCUUGGCAGGAGUUCAUUGACUACCGGGACUACCAGAGCAAUGGCAGAAGUCACACGCCCAGCCCUGCCGAGUAUCGAAAUUUCAACAAGACCCCGGUGCCCUUUGGAGGACCCCUGGUUGGGGAGACCCUUCCCAGGGCAGGCACCCCCCUUGCCCCGGAGCUCAUCAGUGGCUUGGAACUCCUCCGUCUCAGACCCAACUUCAACAGAGUGGCCCAGGGCUGGGUCCGCAACCUCCCCGAAUCUGAGGAGCUGUAG